AUGUGGGAGGGGAGCAUCCGCCCACAAAAGCCACAGCAAUUUUAGAGUGCCUCAAAUGCAAUUGUGCAUCAAAAAAGUGAACAAUUGGAAAUUCGGGAAAUGUCGUGAGUGAAUCCCGCCCGCGAAAACACCCGGGGGAGAGAAAAACGGAGCGGUCCGCGCGUGACGGUUCGGCAUUCAUAGAUAUUUAAAUGGAAGUGGGUGGGCCUUCGCGCAGACGGAGCUCUCUGACAGACCUGCGCUUAUAUCCGCGGAGGAAUAUUAUUUAAUUCCGGAUCUAACGGCGCAGAUAGGCCCGCGGCGAGCGCGCGAGGGACCGCCGCCGUUCGACGCGAGACGCUCGGAGUCGCUUGGCAUUUUGUGCUCCGUUAUUGAAGGGUGUUUUUGCAUUGGCACCGCCCUUCCUGACGGGGUGGGUCCGUGCGUCAGAGCUGCGCCACAGUCUGCGGCCGCUGGAGAAAAUAGGCCGUCCUUCUGCUGGGCUGUUGCCUGCCUUCUGCCUGCCUGCCUUUUUUCUCUUAAACAACUCCUCUCCGGGUUUCAUUAAUGCGGAAUGAGUGAUCAAAAGAAGGAAGCCAUGGCCACAGAUGGGGGGAAAGCCAGCGGAGGCGAAGUUGGUGCGAAAGGAAAAAGUUCUGGAUCGCAGGAUGCGCAGCCGUCUCCUCUCGCGUUGCUGGCGGCGACGUGCAGUAAAAUAGGCGGUGUUGGCGGCGAGGGUCAGACGGCCACGCAGCAGCAGAUAAUAAUCGACCCCAACCAGGGUCUGCUUCAGCUCCAGAACCCCACGCAGCAGCUCGAGCUGGUUCCCGCGCAGCUGACGGGAAACGGCUGGCAGAUCAUAGCCACUUCCCCUGCGACCAAGGACAGCGUUCAGCAGCAGCAGCCGGCGGCCAACGAGAGCGCGGCGGGCCGGAAGGUCAAAGCGGCGGCGGCGGCUUCGAACAGCGCUCCCGGCUCGCAGCAACAGCAGCAGUUUCAGAUCAUCCAGGUGCAGAAUCUGCCGAACUCGUCCGGCGGGAUUCAGUAUCAAGUCAUCCCGCACCUUCAGACCGCCGACGGACAGCAGAUCCAGAUCAGCCCGAGCAACCCCGCGGCCUUAAGCGUGCAGCCCGAACAGAUCCAGCUCAUUCCCGCCGGAAACAACCAGGCCAUUCUGGCCACGCCCCAAAGGGCGGGAUCGACCGGCAUCGUCGCGCAAAACCAGACGAUUCCUCUUCAAAUCAGGCCGUCGUUUCCCUUGCAGCUGCAAACUAUUCAAGGUACGCAAGCGCCUAUGGUGACGACGCUACCUAUUAACCUCGGCGGGGUGACUUUGGCGUUGCCGGUCAUCAACAACGUCGCCGGCAACAGGGGCGGAGCUUCAGUUCAGCUCGUCCAAUCAGGCGACGGAGGCAUUUCGAACGGAAACCAAGCGAGCUCCGCGGAAACCACGUGCGUGACGGCCGGCGACGCCAUCGCAGACGCUGCCGCGCUAUCCGCCGCCUCCGAAAGCCAGAAGGACGGUCAGGCGGGCGAGUCGGACGCCCAGAACCUCGCCCAAUCCAACGGCCUCCAGUCCGCGUCCGAGCAGCCCGGCCAAAUCCAGCAGUUCCAAAUCGUAGGCCAUCCGGUUCUCCAGCAGAUCCAGAUCCAGUCGCCCCAGCAGCAGGUCGUGCAGGGCUCCAUACAGACUUUGCAGCCGGUGCAGCAGAACCUCCAGCUGCAGGCCUUCCAGAACCCCACGCAGGUUCUGAUCCGCACGCCCACGCUCACACCGUCGGGUCAGAUCAGCUGGCAGACGGUGCAGGUGCAGAACGCCGCCGUGCCCCAGCAGCUGACGCUGGCGCCCGUGGCGUCCGGCUCCGGCGGGGGCACGUUCACGCAGAUCGCCCCGCUGACGCCCGGCGGCUCGCCCAUCACGCUCAGCGCCACCCAGCUGCCCUCUGGGACCGGGGUGCAGACGGUGAACAUCGCCGGGCUGGGGGCGGCCGGGGUGCAGGUGCAGGGCGUCCCGCUCACCAUCACCGGCGUGCAAGGUCAGCAGCAGGGUCAAGAGGGGGUCAAAGUGCAGUCGGCCCCGGUGACGGUGACCGUCGGCAACAUCAGCAGCACGACCCUGAACGCGGUGAGCCCGGAGCAGAUGGGGCAGGUCCAGAGCCCGUCGGACCAGGAGGGUCAGCCCAGCAAGAGGCUGCGCAGAGUGGCCUGCUCCUGCCCCAACUGCAGGGACGGAGAGGGCAGAAACAACAGCGACCCGUCAAAGAAGAAGCAGCACGUGUGUCACAUGGAGGGCUGCGGGAAGGUUUACGGCAAAACGUCUCACCUGAGAGCUCACCUGCGCUGGCACACGGGAGAGAGGCCGUUCGUCUGCAACUGGAUCUUCUGCGGGAAGCGCUUCACCAGGAGCGACGAGCUCCAGCGGCACCGCAGGACGCAUACAGGUGAGAAGCGCUUCGAGUGUCCGGAGUGCUCCAAGAGGUUCAUGAGGAGCGACCAUCUGUCAAAGCACAUCAAAACCCACCAGAACAAAAAAGGCGGGGCGGCGCUUACCAUCAUCACCACAGAGGAGAUGGAGGAGGAGGUGGACGAGGUGCUGGGCUCGCCGAGGAUCGUCACCGUGGCGUCGCUCUCGCAGGAUUCCGACCCGGCCACGCCCACCACUUCAAACAAUUUAGAGGAGGAGUUCGAGUAGUUUUCCCUCCAAAAAUUGGCGCCACGAUGUUGUCUGUCGGUUUGUUCAUAGGUUGAUCCGUUUGUGUUCUUCGUUCUUUUUCUAUCGACGAUGGACAGCUGUUUGAGCGCACUCGACUUUUCGUACGGAAAUUUAAUACUAUCAAAUAUUAUGACAAAGAAUAAUCUAAUGGAAAGUAUGGAAUAGUAUGAGUCGUUCAGAGACGAGUUGAACGACGGCGUUUUGUUUUGUUACAAGUAGCACAAGAAGUACUGAAGUUCCCAGAAGCUCCUGAAGAUGUCGCUAUGCACAAAUAUAAUAUAUAUAUAUAUAUAUAUAUAUAUAUAUAUAUAUAUAUAUAUAUAUAUAUAUAUAUAUAUAUAUUAUAUAUAUAUAUAUAUAUGUUUUCAACGUGGUUUCUAUGGAAAGUCGCUUCCGCCACAAAAUAAGAAAGAAAAGAUACAUACAGACUUUUUUCUCGUAAUUCUGUUUUAUUUCGCAAUUCUGACGUUUUACUUUAAAUCGUUUUCCUCACAAUUCAGAGUUUUUAUUUUGCCGUUUUUACUUAAAAUGUAGCUUUUACUUUUCGUGUAAUUCGGAGUUGAUAGUUUCAUCUGAACUUUUUCGUACAACUCUAUAGCCUAUAUUUCGCAAUUCUGACGUUUUGAUUUGAAUUACGAGUUUGCUGCAAUUGUUUUUUUCUUCUGCCAUGGAAUAAAAAGUAAAAAAUUUAUUGCGAUAUUUUUAUUUUUUCACAAAAUGUGACUUUUUUUUGUGGCAGUUCUCACUUUUUUCCUUUUGAAUUCUUGGUUUGCAUUUUUACUUUUUUCCGCCAUGGAAUAAAAUAUAUAUAUAUAUAAAAAAAAAGAUCAUUUGUGGCUUAUCAUCUUGCGGGUUCAGACUUUUUCUCAGAAUUGCGAGUUUAUAUCUCACAAUAAAAGUUUAUUUUUUUUUUUUUAAUACUUAAUUUUUUUUUACAUGUGCACGAAUAUGCGUUGUGAGAUAACAUUUCAGAAUUGCGAGGAAAAAUGGUCUGAAUUGUGAUAUAAACCCGAUAUUGCGAGGAAAAAGCCCAUUGCGAGAUACAACGUAAAACUGCGAGAAAAAAAAUUACCCGCGAAAUUGCGAGGAAUCUAAUUGGUUCUAUAAAAACGCGCAGUUAAUUAAAAAAAAAUAUUCUGUGGCGGAAAUAAGCUUCCGUAGUUUUUGCAUCGAACAUGCAGUCGGGGAUGAGAGUCUCGGAGCUUCACGCGACGGUCUGUGGUUUUGCGUACGAUCAGACUAGAAAGACGAGCACCUAACAGAUCUUUAGUACACGAUUAGAGUCGCAGCACAAGCCGGAAAGCGACGCCGCCUGCGAUUGGAGCGCGCUGAGAAGCGUCAGCCAAUCACAGCCUCGCGCGCGAAACGCUUCUCAAUUCAGACGCACGCACAACAAUAAAAAAAAAACAAACACAAUCGACGAUUCAGCAGCGAGCGAGGUUACGGCGGCGGGCUGCUUCAAGACAAGCACAUUAGACGUACGAACAAUGCAUUCCAGUUACGAUUACUUUAGAAAGAAAAAUAAUAAUAAUAUUAAUAAAAAAAAAAUGAAAACAAUCUAGCUUUCCGAGACAUGCUAUGUUAAACGAAAGCAAUACUAUAAAGACAAUCUUUACCAUGUUUACAUUACCGAGGGGUGGAAUGGGUUUAAGAAAAAGUUCUCUCUGAUCUCAAGUCAUAUAAACUGUACUCCGAUGCCUUAACAAACACUGCAGUACCACUAUGUUACGGCUGGGCAGGGGAACGCGGGGAGACUCUCGCCCGCAUUUAGCUUUUUAUACGCGAUGGCGGCGCUGUGGAGAUCCGCUCCGGUCCCGCGGCGACCCCAACCCCGCCCCCCCGCCCCCGCCCGCGUCGAAUCGUCCUCCCGCCGACUUCCCUGCGCUCUCCAAAGAGAUUCGAGCGGCCGGCUCCCUCCGGGCGGGAAACGCACCCCGACGAGUUAGAUGUUGAGAAAUCCGUGGCGUGGCGUUCUUAUUCGUGACUUCGGUUUUGGUUCGGUUUCAUUUCGAGCUCGUUUUUUUUUUUUUUUUUUUUUGGUCCCUGCACAGCACGCGCGCCGCCGUGUGUGUGUGUGUGUGCGUCUGUGCGCGCGUGCGUGUCUAAUUUAUUAUUUAUCCUUCUAUUAUUAGUAUUUGCUAAUGUGUAUUGUGCGCUAUUGAUGCAGAGAUGACGUGCUGCAUGAUUCAUUUUCCGCUAACGAUCUCUAUUUAGUAAUUUCUAAACGUGGUCCUUUUAGAAGUAAAAAAAAAAAAAAACAUGGCUUUUAAUUUAUCCGACGCUUUUUCUUCUUUUUUUUUCCGCACCAUGACGUGUUUCAAAUGGAGAAGAAAAACAAACAAAAAAAAAGUUUAAAAAGAAGUGGUUGAUACCAAACAAUUAUAAAUAGAUGUUUUUUGGUAAUAUUUUCUGUGGCGAGCGAUUUUCUUUAAUAUUUUCUAGUGACACCUCAUUUGUAAAUCAUUUUUCUAAGAUGUUCCUUUGUCCUCAUGGCAUUUGAUAAUGGGUUUUUUGCCAGGUUAGCCUGAAAGGCUGCAGUUUAUUGAUAUUUUUAAAAAUAACUUUGUACAAACGUGUUAUGUUAAUGGGUAAAAAAGAAAAAAAAAGAGGAAAAAGAAAAAACUUUGCCUGCAUAACACUUGAAAUUAAAGUGAGUAAUUCUGUCUUAAAUA